AAUGCAACUGUCACUGUCAUAUACAGCUGAUUUAUUUAAAUCAAUUAUUAAAUAACAAUGACUUAAAUAACUUUUUAUAUCAUUUGGAAUUUUGCUUUACGACUUGUGCAUUUGUUAAAUGAUUUGAUAUGACACGUUUUAUACGAAAUUUUCUUUCCACUUCAAGUUUAUUAUUUAAUUCUAAUAAAAGAUGUAUCAGUACCACAACGAAAGUUUGUACUUUUUUUGAACGUAGUGAAAAAGGGGGCUAUGAAAGUAAUCGGCCGCUUCCACCGUUUAAGGAGAGAAUGAGGAUGGGCUUAGCCGAACUGAAAAAAGAAGUAGCCUUAUGGUCAGAGGAACUCAAAGAGAAGUUCAAAGAUGAUCCCAUAUUACUAUAUCGUCGAGGAGAAGUUGAUGUAGUCUACAAAUUUCAAAAUGAAGAUUCUUUGAACAAAUGGAUUGUAACCUCAGACAAAGAUCAUAAUGAAGGUUUUAGUUCCUCUAGUCUUGAAUUAACAAAUCAUGGAAAAGCUCUGUUUUCUGGAGAGCUUGUAUUAAGAGUGCCAAAAGAUGGAAGAGUUAAGAGAGCUGGUUACUGUAACAUUAAAACUGUAAAACCCAGAAAAUCAUUUAAAAGAGAAACCUAUUUAGAUUGGUCCAACUACAAUAUGUUAGUAAUGAAAGUUAGAGGCGAUGGCAGAACUUAUUUAUUAAAUGUUCAUACUAAAGGUUAUUUCGAUGUAACAUGGAAUGAUAUGUUUAACUAUCCAUUAUUUACCAGGGGAGGUCCUUAUUGGCAAAUUGUUAAAAUACCAUUUUCGAAAUUUUUUCUAAGUUCUAAAGGAAGAAUUCAAGAUAAUCAAGGUUGGAUACCUUUAGACAAAGUUUCAUCUUUUGGAAUUACAGCAGUGGAAAGAUAUGCUGGUGAAUUUUCAUUGGAAAUAGAUUAUAUUGGUUUGGAAUAUGAUCCUAGCCACACAGAAGAAUUUGCAUAUGAAAUGUACAAAUUACCAAGUGGAAUAGCUAAUACAUAAUUGAAGUUUUAUA